CACAAAAAACAGAGGUAUGCCGUUUUUCCAGGUGAGCUUCAUUCUCGGCAGGUGUGUAUGAGCAGCACCAGAGCAACGCUGCACCACCUCUGGUGCCAUCCUUGAGGUUCCAACAGACACAAGAAGACAUGGAAAUAUCUGAAUUAUAAUUCAGCAGAGUAUUUUGAGAUGAUGACUAAAAAGUGUGUGGUGGUUGGAGAUGAUGCGGCUAAAAAGACCCGCCUCCUCAUCUCCUACAUGGCCAGCAAAUAUCCACACGAUUAUGAUCCCAUGCUGUUUGAUUGCUAUGAUGCCCCAAUCAUGAUUGGAGGAGAAUCGUAUACAUUGGAGCUUACCGACACAUCAGGUCUGGAAGACUACGAAAUAUUUCGACCUCUCUUCUAUCGGCAGACAGAUGUCUUCCUGGUUUGCUUCUCUGUCGUUUCUCCUUCCUCCUCUGAGAACGUAAAAGUAAAGUGGGUACCAGAGAUCUCUCACUACUGUCCACACACUCCAUUCCUUCUGGUGGGCACUCAAGUUGACUUGAGAGACGACAGAAGCACUGUUGAAAAACUAGCCAAAAACAGCCAGAAACCCAUAUCACCCAAAAGUGGAGAGAAGCUGGCAAGAGACCUUAGAGCUGUCAAAUACGUAGAGUGCUCCGCCCUUACACAGAGAGGUCUGAAGAACGUAUUCGAUGAGGCGAUACUUGCAGCGCUUGAAGAGACAAAAUCCAAGAAGUGCUGCAUCCUCAUAUAGAAAGAUCAGCAAGAGGGGGGUUGAGUAAACAAAACGUUCUGGUGGGGUUUUGGGGAUUGGCUUUAAAGUUAAAAGAGAUGUAAUAGAUAACAAUAAUGGGAACCAAACAGGAAAAAAUAAUGUGAAACUGGAGAUAACGAAAUGGUACAAACAAACACAUGCGCACCGUGCCUUUCUAAAUCUUUUUAAAGCAAUGGAGCAACCUGAAAACAAAACAAUAACCCCCCUACUAAAAAAGAAUAGAUACAAGUGCGCUUUAUGCAUGUAUGUCACAGUAUAAAUCCACUUUAAUGCCUUAGAUGUUAUUUACGCCGCAGUUUCAUGUGAUCUGUCUACAACAACGUGUUGAGGGCACCAAUACAUAAGAUUCAACUUUGAAAAGCUUCAGGUUUUUGAUUCCCAUCAAAGAUGAAAGAUUCAAGAUGCUUACACAUUUGAACGCUCGACAAACACAUUUGUCAUGUGCUUUGCUCAAAGUUAAUGCCGAAAUCUAUCAAGCUAUUGGGGUUAGGUUUGGGAAUAGGAUUAGGAUGAAAACAGCGGUCAUCCGGUGAGAUUUCACAAGAUUUUAGCCGUUGCUGUAUCCCUUCUAGCCACAACCCCAAAUGAGCAAGGCUGUUCUCUUCUUCCGUGGUACAUCGUCUUAGAAUCUCUCUUAGUGUAUUAAGAAUCUCUCUUAUUUACUUUUUUAACAAUGCAGGGCCUUCUGCUGGCCAUUUAGAAAAACAACUUUUUCUCCUAUUUGUUUUGACUUGAGGAUGAUUUAUUUAAUAUAGUUUCCUCUUGGGUGAAUGAUUUUAGUGGUGACACAUUUUUAAACUUGAGUUUUUUUAUUAAUUUAUUUUUUGUUAGACCAUUUGAUUGAGAUUUAUGAAUAAAAUAACAAUGUAAAAUGUAAUAAUUUGAAAAAUCAACCAUGAGAGUAAAAUGGAGGAUGAUGAUGAUGACAGUUUGAAAUGAGGCCUUUUCCUAGUCAAGUUCUGCAGUGUUUGAAAUCUCACUAUAUUUGUAAUUAAAGUGAUGCGACUGACAC